AUGGCCUUCGCCGGUCUCGCCCCUCCGGAACCGUUCCUGCCGACACCGGGGCUCCCGUCCGUACCCUGGCCGCAAUGGCAUGGCAUGUUCAACGUGUACCUGCUUGCGACUGGUGCUGCCGAAUUUCUACCGGAGCGACGUAAGGCCCUUCUGCUGCACUGUCUGGGAGCCGAAGGCCAGCGAAUUUUCAACACACUACCUGACACGAAUCCUCCAAGCACCGCCCAGGACACCGGCAAAGACGCAACGAGCAAGCCGGACGUCUACGCCAUCGGCGUCACUUCCUUGGCCCAACACUUCGCUACAACCAGCAACCUGGUCAUCGAGCGACACCGCUUCCACCGGCGCUUCCAAUCUCCAGGCCAGUCUGUUCAUGACUUUGUUGCCGCGCUACGUGAGCUCGCAACGCCGUGUUGCUUCGCGUCACUAGAAGAGGCACUUCGAGACCAAUUCGUGACCGGCGUGUCUUCUAACCGCGUUCGUGAACGCCUGUUGCUGGAAGGUUCGUCGCUGCCGUUUUCCACCGCAGUCCAGAUAGCCCUUCAACAAGGACAAGCGGCCGAACAAAUGAAAGAAUUUUCCGCGUCUGUACAACCAGUGUCGGCGCGUCCUAGCAAUCACCAGCAGCAUAUUCCCCGAAGCGCUACCACGUCACGCGCUGCUCAAGGGAACCGCCCCUCAUCUCGUGACCGCAGCGACCGCCGUCGCUCGCCUUCAGCACCGCGCGCGCAGUCGCCGCACUGUUUUCGUUGCGGCUCUCGUGGGCACCGCGCGUCAUGGACUCGUUGUCCAGCACAGGGACAACGCUGUUUAUUAUGUGGUCGCAUUGGACAUUUCAAAAAAGUAUGCAACCAAAAACGCUCGCAGUCGACCGUUCGCGAGGUAGUGGUCGACAAUUCGUCGGAGGAUGAUGCCGUUCAGGUCCUUGUUGCUUCAGCGUCCUACAACCUGCGCAAUUCAUAUCGAUGUUCAAAUCGGGCAGUUUAA